CGGUAAUUUUCUCAAACACAACCAAGCUCUCAGGCCAGAAGCAUCGGAUCGACCUUAGAGCGGAGCUCGUAUCACCUCGCUGCGCGUUUCCCAUUCUUGUUUUUUUUGUCCCCGAAGAGUGACGAGUGGACCGUGUGAGUUUUUUUUUAGUUUUCAUGUCACGAGUGAGUUUAUCGUGUAAGUUUUAGUGUGUGCUUAAUCACUGGGAGUUCUCUAAUCAAGAGUCCAUAUAUAUAUAUAUAUAAUUAAAAUCAGGAUUAAACUGUUUGGGACCAGGACCAAAAAGUGAAUUGAAAAUAAACAAGUGUGCUGUAGUGAUAAAAAAAGCAUCUUAAGAUAAUGACAAUGUGACGCAGUGUGCCGAAAAAUUAUCAGCAAGAAAUGGUAUAAAAAUAGACACAACUGAUAAGGGAUUGAGUGAUCAGUGUUUACAAAAUCCGGUAAUGUCUUCCUCCAUCUGGUAAAGCGACGGACUCGUGUCCGGUAUAUUCAUUCUGAUAUCAUUGACUCUUUGAUAAAAACAAAAGUGUUAAUGACAAAUCUCAAUAGCUAUUGCAAUUGAAUUGCAUCAAGAUGCAGGAGACUUAAGACAUCACCGUUUAUAAAAAAAAUUCAAAAUUCUCGAGAAAGAGUCUAUUUGGCAGAGCCUGGGCGUUGCGCCACUUACAAUGAUGCCGCUCGCGCCGACGCCAAUCGUCCCUAUGCCCUCCAAGCCCAAGAUCGGCUUCAGCAUUGACUCGAUCGUUGGCGGUGGUCGGGAUGAUCGUCUUGACCGAUUAGAACGAGUUGAAAUCGAAAGAGAUGGAAGUCCAAUGGAUGUUGUUGAGGGUUCCUCGUCCCCAAGGAAUCGUCGACUCAACGCAAGAUCACCAGGCGCUCAUUCCGAAGAGUCCGAUAGGCCCGUUUCAAGAAGUUCAUCAGUAGAGUCCUAUCCCAAUUCCCGACGGACACCUUCGCACAACAAUCAUCAUCUUCACCACCACCAUCAUCAUCAUCACUUAACUCUUGCCAAUCAUUUGGAUUACAGUAGAAAUACAACGCACAGUCACAGUGGAGGUUCCACACCCAAUAAUAGUCCCAGUCCACCACACAGGAUAUCACACAGUGAUUCUCCCGUUGGUAAUCAUCCUCCACCACCUCCGGGUGUUGUUCGACCUAGUCCAAAUUACCUUCAACCACCACCCAGUGCUGCAGCCGUUGCUGCUGUUGCCGCUGAACAAAUUAAAUCUCUCUAUGGAUUAUCAGGACAUGGUCCCACUGGUCCACAAACCGGUCAAAAUGAAUAUCAAUCGCAACAUUUAGCAUUUGCUGCUGCAAAUCUUGCUGCACAAAAUUUUCAUGCUGCAAAUCUAGCUGUUGCUCUUCAGGCGCAUCAUGGUGCUUCACCUCAUGGACCACCUCAUGGACCUUAUCCCCAUGGUGGGGCGCCAGGUGGACCACAUCCUCCACCUCAUCCACAUCAACCACCUCGCGAUAGCUAUACUCUUUUUCCAUGGAUCACAUCAAGACAUGGUCAUGGAAGGUUCUUUCCUCAUCGAUUUCCUGGAGGUCCCGAUUUUGGAGGACUUUUGGUACACGCAUACAGGAAGCCAAAGAGAAUACGAACGGCAUUUAGUCCAAGUCAAUUGUUAAAAUUGGAGCACGCCUUUGAGAAAAAUCACUAUGUGGUUGGUGCGGAAAGAAAACAAUUGGCACAAGCACUAUCGCUCACGGAAACGCAGGUGAAGGUAUGGUUUCAAAAUCGACGAACGAAGCACAAAAGAAUGCAGCAGGAGGAAGAGGCAAAAGCACAACAGCAAUCGGGAGGAAAUGGUAAUAAUAAUGGUAAUAAAAAUACUCAUCAUGUGAGCAAAUGGCAACAGGAAACGGGUGACUAUCAUCCAGAGGAUGAUGAAGAGGAGCAUAUAGAUCCGGAAGCUGAUGAAUGUUCGAGUGGUUCUGAAGCGUAGCUGGACGUUCUAUGUCUGGAUUAAAAAUCCAGAAACUAGAGCAAAAAGACUAUUAAAAAAAAAAAAAAAUCUUCAUCGAUUUAAAAAAAUAUAUUGAAAACGCAAUGUACGUUUUUCUAUAUUAUAUAUACUUGAUGAAGUUUUUCCGCGUGCAUCGGAUGUCGCUUAAUGGAUUGUAUAUUGUCUGCCAAAGUAUAGUCAGACACUCAAUAAACGAAAUGAUAUACCCAUUUCCGUUGUGAAAUCAGAAAAAGGGAAUGAAUUUCACAAAAAAAAUGAAUUAAUGCGAAAAAAAAUUCGCAUUCUCCGUGAAUUAAUUAUUAUUCGCUAAUGUAUCGGAGGUUAAUUUUCAAAAAAAAAGAAAAAAAAAAGUCAAUAAGAUAAUUUUAGGAACAUAUUUCUUGUGCAAAAAUUUGAUCCGCGAAUGAGUGUGAACGCAUAUUUGACUGAAAUUAUUGGAAUGAUUUAUUUGCUUCCAAAGAUUAGGACGCAUUCAACGAUUGGUUUGUGUAAUUAAAUACAAACAUAUAUAUGUACAUAUAUCUUGCCAUAUGUAACUCGCCAUGAAAAAAAAUCCGAGUACAGACAUAGGUACCUGUACAUAUAAAUAUAUAUAUAUAUAUAUAAUAGACAUUAAAAAACGCGCCAGUUACGCGAAUGAAUCAUGUAUAAGUAUCGUCAUGUCCAUUUGUAAAUAUAAUACCAGGAACAAAAGAGAAAGAAUGAUUAGGAUUUCGUAUAAAUAUAUAUAUAUAUAUAAAGCAUUGAGUGCCAAACUUGAUAUUUUAAACCCAGUGUAACGCGAUGUAUUUACAAUAUACAUAUAAAUAUAUAUUUAAGUCGAUGUUCUCGGCGAGCAGUAUUCCUUUUUGUCAAUAAAAAUCGAUGUUCGAAUUGUACUGACAAUUUUAUUAAAUUAUUCGAAAAAGUCGACUUCGAAUCUGCGACCUGCGAAAGUAGAAUGUCUUAUUUUCUAAUUCAUUAAGAUUAUUAUUUUUUAAAAAUCCACAAAUGAAAUUAUUAGAUAAUUAUAAUGCUUUAAUAUAUGUAUAAAACAGUUGUUUUAAUUUAAAUCUCUUACAUGUUUUGUAUGGAAAAUAAUUUUUAUUUAUGUAUUUAUUAUUAUUAUAUAUAGCUAUUUAUUGAGUAGCUAUAUAGAGAAAAAAAAAAUUUCUGUAAUGUGAUUGUGAAAAAAAAUGUAUAAUCACAAGUAACGAAUGUUAAAAUCUAUUAGAAUACUUGGUAAGUGUUCAGAGGAAAAAAUAAUAAUAAUAAAAAAAAAAAAAAAAAAAAAAGAAAUGACCAUAAGGGUCAAGACUUUCGCAAGUAGCGCUUUCGGACAAGCGGCUUUUGUGCUUGUAAAUAAUAUGUAAAUAAGAAAUUGUGAUUUCUCUCGACGUACUCGAGACAUACAACUGUACGAUAAUAUCAAGAGACUCAGUUCGUGUUCUAAUGAUAGAGCGAAAUAAAUUAUAUCAACCUCUCCAAUGAUAA